CUAACAAACUUUGCAUAAAUUAUUACCCAAAUACUUCAAGCGACUUUUAAUUGUUAAAAUAAACCAACAAAAUGUCUACACUGUUGGAUAAUUAGUAUAUUUAUUGUGGCUAAUAAGGCAUUCUUGCUUCGGUCAGUGGUAAAACGAAAGCAUGGAAAAUGAACAGGAUGAACUCAGGCACAGUCAUAUACAACAGCACCAGCAUCAGCACCAGCUACCCUAUACCGAAUGGGCACAAGUCAGUCGAGAGACGCAAUCGCCGCCGUAUGCCUUGUACUAUGAACAGCCGCGCGAUACGAUGGUGGCCCCAGCUCUAUCGGACAGAUUUAUAUUGAUAUCGUCAUCACCGUACAUGCAGGCGCAGCAAACGAGCGGCAGCAAUGCAUACAUGCCCUUCCAAUACGCGGAUCCACGCGAGGCCAGCUCCAUGCCGGCACCAUCAACCUCUUCCCGGACAAUGCAAACGGCGCUUGUGCUGCCGCGUCGGAAUGGCCACGCGGCCGAGGCAGCUAACCUGGCCAGCAGUAGCAGUAGAAAUGUUGGCGGCUAUGAGACCGGCUUGUCGCAAGGUCGUUGCAACAAGUGUAAUUAUCUUUCGUCUGUUUGCCGUUGCAGCAUGCAACAAUCGACGUAUCGAUCCCUAUACUUGUCUGCUCCCAUUGAACACACAAUGGAACUUGUGCAUUCCACGCGCCCAGACACUGGAGGUAGUGCAGUAUCUGCUGCCUCAGAUGGCGAGAUAUUUGGACUGUUCCGUUCGCGUGCGCCUAUAUCAGAAACAAUAGUCUCGUCCAGCUCUGCUGCCACAUCAAUUAUGUCUGUAGCCACGAGCAGCGCUGCCAUCAUUCCAAAUACAACAACAGCCAGCAGUAGCAGCAGAACGAGCAGCCGAAGCAGCAGCAGCAUCCAUCAAAAGACUGAAACACAUAGCCAGAGACAAAGACGAGCGCAAGAACUGGCUGAGGCGGAGUCUGACGGACAACAUGGACAUGAGUUACUGCCACCAACGAACAGUAGAAGCAGCCGAAGUAUAGAUGGUGGUGUUUGGCCAGCGGCACUCGAUGACCAUGCCAUGGAUGCUAUGAUGAGAAGUGAUCUGCAGGAUUCAAUGGUCUACGAGCUGCCCUCCAGUUCGUUGCUUAGCAACAGCACCAACAGCUCUUUUGAGGCCAGCAGCAGCAGCAAUGUUCUGGCCAAUGGCGCCGGCGCCAACAUCUAUGACGAUGUUACCUCUUCGGCAUCGGAUACGGAGCAUGUGCAGUUCGCAAAUACGCGCACCACUAACACCACAACCACCACGUCAGCUGUGCAGGCACACAAGAAGAAUAAACAUUUGAGCAAUCGGGCACGCCUAUCAGGCGGUGCCAACAAUGCGAGUCGCUCGGUUGAUGCCGCAUCGCCUGCUUCAGUUAUUGAUUUGGAUGCCACACCGAGCACGAGUGGCCUACAGCAGCAGUCACAGUCGUCUCAGCAUUCCCAGCACUCGCAGCAUUCUCAGCACUCACAGCAGCACUCGCAGCAGGAUUCUCAGCAGCAGCAGUCGAAUGUCUAUACGCUAUAUCAGCGACAUAGCGGCAACUUCGAACAGGAGAACGAUAGCAGCGACGAUGGCUGGGAUCUGCGCAUGCACAAUCCCAACGAGCGUCCCGCUGGUCACGCCCAUGAUGAAUCCGACAGUCUGCGGCAUGCCGAUCACACCUAUUAUAAUAGUCGCGGCUCCACGACGGCCGCACCGCCGGAUAGCAGCAGCAAUGGCAACAACUACAUGUCCUAUAUGCCGUCCGCUUCCUGCUCCACUGCCACCCACACCACUUGCAGUCUCGACUAUGGCGGCGCUUCGGGUGUGCGACGCGUUCGCGCCCGGCAAAGUUCCACGGAACUGGGUGCCGCCUCUACCACAUCGUCUACGCCGACAUCAGAGCAGCAACCGCAGUCCGCCUCCUCAACGCCCCAACGUAGCGGACUUGUCAUGGAAACGCGAUUCGGUCUCGGCUCGGGCAUUGUGCGUUUACGCAAUCGUGUCCGCUCCAUGGAUGAAGCUCUGCCUAUGUCUACAUCAACGAACUCGCUGAAUUCUGAUAGCCUGGAGCCGCCACCAGCCAAGCUGCCACGCAUGGCAAGUCCUGCUGCAUCGUCGAUGGCAUCGCAACUCUCGCCAACGAACUUUUAUGCUUUUCAACCUGGACGGCAUCGGCAUCGCACCUUUGCGGAAAGCAAUAGAACUGCGCCAGAGCCACCACAGAGUACGCCAUCGACGGUACAACCUUCAAGCGGUUCCUGCGUCAUCACUUAUGUGGGCAGACCACGGGACAAUGAUGCCAGUAAUCUGCCAUCGACGUCAACGGGCAGGCGGCAGGGAGGGAAUGCGGAAGGCAAUCGCGGCAAUGCUGUUUUAACUGCUCCCGAUUUGCAACUGGACGAUUGGUCGUCCGACUCAAAUGGCGAGGACGAUGAUGUGGUAUUUGUACAUUCAACGAGUGAGCCGAUACUCUCCAUUGAUCUGACAUCGGAUGAUGAUGGAUUUGGUGGCACAAAUGAGCGGCAGAUGGUGGAAAGUGCUAUGCAAUCAUAUGAAAGGCGUCGCAACAAUGUGGAGGUUCCCGCUGGCCCCAAUAUGUUGCCGCGUCCGAGUUCAGCUAGCGAGUAUGAUGAACGCAGACGGCGUCCCACCAUCUAUAAUCCGCUGAGCUAUUCGCGCGUCUCCAAUGGCGGCGGUGCUGGCAAUGGUACCUCAUUUGCCUUUUACAGCGGUGCAUUGGCCGAUCGGGCGGCUAUAGCCGAUCACACAUAUAGUUACGAACAUCUUCAGCAAAUGGGACCGGUGCGCAGAGAGCAGCGGCUGAUGGGCGGACAUGAUGAGACAAAUGGUGGGGGCGGUGGUGGCAGUGAUUAUGCACGCGCUACUCUUUGCACCACCGGCUGUCCAGGCCUGGAGGCUUCCCAACGUUAUUUUCAGCCCAUCACAUCGCCGACUUUAUGGCAUUAUGGUAUCGCUACACCGCCACGCUUGCCACGCGCACCGUCCACCUCAAUGACCAGUGGUGCAGCAGCAGCUUCGGGUCUACCGCCUCCGCCACAACUGGAAACAGUCAACGGCCGCUCCAGUCCGGGCGCCUACUACCAUCGCUAUCAGCCGUAUUACGUGCCGCAUUAUACGAUCACCGCAUUGCCCACAAGUCGCAACAGUGGUGGCGAUGAUGGUGGCUAUAUGAGCGCAACGCAACCACCACAACAGUCCACGCAGACACGCUCAAUACCAAUUGGCAAUGGGCCCUAUGCCAUGCCAAAUCCACAUUACAACGGCGGCUUAAGCAAUGCCAAUGGCAGCAGCCGCUCCUCAUUGAGUGGCGCCAUGAGUGCAGCCGCUGUAGCAGCUACUGUGGCGGCCGCCCAAGUUCAGUCGUUUAAUGAUAUGCUAUCGAUGACCAAUAACCAUGGCCAUGGUCAUGGGCACGGCCAUGGCGAGUCCAUCGACAACGAAGGCGACUAUCGCACACAAUCACCGAUGAUGUUGCCGAGACGUACAGCGUUGACGCCUCCUGUGGUGCAGCAGCAGCAGCAACAACAACAGCAGCAGCAGAUGGCACAGCAACCACAACAGCCAACGCUGCAGCAGCACCAGCAACCAACAUUACCGCCAACCGGCAGCACAAUGAUGAACAUAUCUGGUGCGUUGCCGCCUCGUGAUGCUGUCUCGCCACCGCCACCAUUAGAAAUGUACUCGGGUCGCACCACCAUGCCGUACUGUGGCUCGCCACCUUUCAGCAUGCGCCGCUCGGAGGCAUAUAACAAUCGGCAACACUAUCAGCCGCAACCACAUCAGGGUCAUCAGGCGCCACAGAAUCAAAUGCACGCCCACAUCCAUCCGCCGCAUCGGGCCAGCGCCAUUGUAGCCACCUCGUUGACGCCGGCACCACCCUAUCCAGUGCAUCAGAAUUUGUGGUAUCGCCAGCAGAGCAUACAGGAAUUGCAUCGCCGCCACAUGACGCCCACACCAAUUGAUCUCUCCUCCAAUCCCCUCAAUUUGACGAGCAGUCUUCGCACACGUUAUCUUCACAGCAUCUGCAGCUGUGUGCACGCCCGCAAUGGACCCGUCUCCAGUCUCGAUCCGGCCUACUAUCCGCCAUAUGAUGCCACUGCUCAUGCACAGGCUGCGGCUGCAGCCGCCGCUGCUGCUGUGGCAGCCACUCAACAGCAACAGCAGCAACAAAAUAAUGCUUCAGGUUCGGGAUCGGGCGCACCGGCGCCGUCUGGUGGUGCAACAUCUGGUGGUGGUGGUGCCAAUAGUGUUCAACAUGGCCCCGCCCAUCAUCACCACCAGCAGAUGCAGCAGCGACGUCGCGCUAUACACCAUCAUAUGUUCCAUCAUCACUACUCGCCGUUGCAUUUGGAAAUCGGACUGGCCACGCCCCUCUCGCUAGGCUCGUCACGCAUAUUGAUUGGACCACCGCGACCCAGUCGUGGCGCCACUCUGGAAACUAUCGAGCGUAACACGCUGCCCCACAAAUAUCGACGGGUGCGUCGUCCCAGCGAAACGGAUGAGGAUGCUGAGAAGUGUGCCAUAUGCUUGUCCCUGUUUGAGAUCGAGAAUGAUGUGCGUCGUUUGCCGUGCAUGCAUCUAUUUCACACCGACUGCGUCGAUCAGUGGCUGGUCACCAACAAACACUGCCCAAUUUGUCGCGUCGACAUCGAGACUCACAUGGCGAAGGAUGCGUUGGCGCCCAGCUCGAGUGGCGUUGCUGGUGCGGCAAAUACCACCGCUUUAUGACACUGUGUGCAUGGCAUAUUCAUGUAAGGGGCCUGCCUGCCGCACACACAAAUAUUUAGACUGAGUUCAUCAUGGUCAACCGGGGCAGGACAACGCUAACAAAAAAAAACUACAAAAAAAGCAGAAUAAUAAUAGUAAACCCGUAGAAAAAAAGAAACAUUCGUAAAACAAUGAAAAAAAAACGAAAAAAAAAAACUGAAAAAUACGCAGAUUUAAUAAAUCUGUCAACCCACCAACAGGCAAAACUUCAAAAAGGCCGCGUUGCGUAAAAAGAAAAAUAUCAGAGAAAAAAAUCACUUCGGCUCAAGCUAGAUAUCCACAUACAUAUAUAAGUGUUUUGGCAUCCUAUGAUUUCCUAUAUAUAUAUAUAGAUUCACACACACAUACAAAAAUGUACACGUUUUGUGAAACAAAAUUCUUGUGAUUUCAUAACUGCGUAUUGUUAGUAUUUUUCUCUGACGGUUAAUUCUUAAUUUCUAAUUCGCAUCCCAAUUUAAUUGUUAUGUUUUAAAAAACAUGGUCACACAAAAUUCUAAAUAAUGUGGUAUCGGUAUCUUGAAAAUUCGCAGUAAUACAAAAAAUAAAACAUUCAUUGAUA